GGCGUCGGUUGGUGACGUCAAAAAAACUAUAUAUAGCAACCGCGAAUUGAGAAUCGACAAUUCGUUUGGUAAGCUGCAUUACUAGCUCAUCUGAACGGACAAGCUAUUAAGUUCAAUUUUGUGUGUGUGAUAAACCUGAUACAAAACCAAAAUGCGUGAAUGUAUCUCAGUCCACGUUGGCCAAGCCGGUGUCCAGAUUGGUAAUGCCUGCUGGGAAUUGUACUGCCUGGAACAUGGCAUCCAACCUGACGGUCAAAUGCCAUCAGACAAGACUGUCGGAGGAGGUGACGACUCAUUCAACACCUUCUUCAGCGAGACUGGAGCCGGCAAACACGUACCCAGGGCCGUGUUCGUAGACUUGGAACCAACAGUCGUCGACGAGGUCAGGACCGGAACUUACAGACAACUCUUCCACCCUGAACAACUCAUCACCGGUAAGGAAGACGCCGCCAACAACUACGCCCGUGGUCAUUAUACCAUCGGUAAAGAGAUCGUCGACUUGGUAUUGGACCGUAUCCGUAAAUUGGCCGACCAAUGUACUGGACUGCAAGGUUUCCUGAUCUUCCACUCCUUCGGCGGUGGUACCGGAUCCGGAUUUACAUCCUUGUUGAUGGAAAGGUUGUCCGUCGACUAUGGAAAGAAAUCGAAAUUGGAAUUCGCCAUCUACCCCGCACCCCAAGUAUCUACCGCCGUCGUGGAACCCUACAACUCCAUCCUGACCACCCACACCACCCUUGAACACUCAGACUGCGCCUUCAUGGUAGACAACGAGGCCAUCUACGAUAUCUGCAGACGUAACUUGGACAUCGAACGUCCUACAUACACCAACUUGAACAGGCUGAUCGGGCAGAUCGUGUCGUCCAUCACCGCUUCAUUGAGGUUCGAUGGUGCCCUCAACGUCGAUCUAACAGAAUUCCAGACUAACUUGGUGCCGUACCCACGUAUCCAUUUCCCUCUGGUAACUUACGCUCCUGUCAUUUCUGCAGAAAAGGCUUACCACGAACAGCUGUCCGUUGCUGAAAUCACCAAUGCCUGUUUCGAGCCAGCUAACCAGAUGGUGAAAUGCGACCCACGUCACGGCAAAUACAUGGCCUGCUGUAUGUUGUACCGAGGUGACGUCGUGCCGAAAGACGUGAAUGCAGCCAUCGCCACCAUCAAGACCAAACGUACCAUUCAGUUCGUAGAUUGGUGUCCAACUGGUUUCAAGGUGGGCAUCAACUACCAGCCCCCGACUGUUGUGCCGGGAGGAGACCUCGCCAAGGUACAGAGGGCGGUGUGCAUGUUGUCAAACACCACCGCCAUCGCUGAAGCCUGGGCCAGACUCGACCACAAGUUCGAUCUCAUGUACGCCAAGCGUGCCUUCGUCCAUUGGUACGUAGGUGAGGGUAUGGAAGAAGGUGAGUUCUCGGAGGCCCGUGAGGAUUUGGCUGCUCUAGAGAAGGAUUACGAAGAGGUCGGUAUGGAUUCCGGAGAGGGUGAAGGAGAAGGAGCCGAAGAAUACUAAGAUGUGUGAUAGCACCAAAACGACUGUUUUUUAAAUGAUGCAAAUUUACGUUUUUUACAUUAUUUAUUUGAUUCCUCCGGAUACAUUUGUUUAAAAGUCUGGUUGUUUUUGAUUACAUUUUAUACAUCAGCA